AUGCUCAUUCCACCAAGCGUUUCUUUCAGUUGUACCUUUGAAUAUGAUCAGGUCAAAUAUAAUCAAACACAAAAUAUGUUUGGUAUGGCAUCUAUUAAAGCUCCAAUAUAUGUUGAGAAGGAGAAUAGAUCGAGCUUGGAUAUAAUUGCUGUCCUUGAUAAAUCUGGUUCUAUGAGUGAUAAGAUUGAGUUGGUUAAAAAGUCAUUAUUAUUCAUGAUUGAUCAGAUGCAAGCAAGAGACAGGCUAGGAAUUGUUGAAUUUGAUGCAAACGUUUCAACCACUUUAAAGUUGACCUCUAUGGAUAAUGGUGGUAAGAAACAAGCAAUGAAUUGUGUAAAUAAUAUCAAGUUGGGUACAACUACUAAUAUUAGUGGAGCCAUUAUUGAAGCCUUUGAUAUAUUGGCAAAUAGAGGAGGUAAUAUUUCUCCUACAACAUCAAUUCUACUUUUCACUGAUGGAUUACCAACUGUUGGUGUGCAACAACAAGAUAAGAUUGUAAAUAUUGUAGAAAAAUUAUAUACCAAGUUGAAUUUGCAAAAUACUAGUUUUUCAAGUCAAACAAACUGUAUUUACUUUUGGUUUUGGAGAGGAACAUUCGGCAAAUUGUUUGACAGAGAUUUGUAA